AUGUUAACUCCUAGCGUUGUCGAUCCGCUACGAGAAUGGUGCAGAAACUGUAUCAUCACUCUCGAAUACGCCUGUGGUAUCGGCAAGAGUAACUUCACAAUAAAAGAACUGAUUACCGCCUGUGCAGACCACGAAUACAUUAGACCACCACCAGGAGUGGUUUUGGUCAUCACAUCUGAUAUGGUGACCCAAGAGCAGCUGGAUCGGUUACUUGCCAAAGUCGUCUACUUGGAAAUGUGUAUUGAAAUCAAACACUCCAGUAUUAUGAGCUUGCGAAUACCUAACCUCAAAGAAAUAAGACCUUGUCAACCGGGUCGUCCAGCUAUUCUAAUUGAGAACAACGUUCACUUUGAGGAGCUUAUUAUACCACCAACUGCUAUAUAUCCGGCAGGAGAAUUGAUCAUCAGAAUUGUGCGAACUCCUUCUCUUCCGCAUACAACUAUUAACGAGAUACAACAAUGGUGUCCAUACUGCACCGUCACCCAUGACUACAGUUCAUCAAAGCAAGUUUCUGAAAAACAGAUGAACGCGUUAUGCGCACGAGCUAAAGUGAUGAAGAUUUGUAUCGAAAUUAGAAAAUCCUCCUUUAAAAAGUUGCGUUGUCCGCAUCUGAAGGAAUUGAUACCGUGCCAGUAUGGUCGACCAGCCGUAAAGAUAGUUGAUAAUGACGACUUUGUCGAUUUUGAAAUCCCUAAGAAUGUGUUGUAUCCGAGGGGUGCACUAAUCGUGGAGAUCCAGAGAAAUCCACGGUUCAGUUUUAAAAGGCUCACCAUGCUUCAAAAUUGGUGCCCCGAGUGUACAAUCACUGGUGACUUUGGUGGGUUCUACCUUUGUUUUUAUCUUGUUACAAAUGUUAUUAUAUAAAU